AUGAAAUUUGGCAGCACCCAGGUCUUACUAGUAAUGCUAAUAAUAUCAACAGCCAGGCCCCCCGCCGCCGCCCGCAAGCUCCUGCUGUUCCUGCUCGAUGGCUUCCGCUUCGACUACAUCGACGACAGCGAGCUGGAGGGGCUGCCGGGCUUUCGGGACAUCGUGAACAUGGGGCUGCAGGUGGAUUACAUGACCCCAGACUUCCCCAGCCUCUCCUACCCGAAUUACUACACGCUGAUGACAGGUCGCCACUGUGAGGUUCAUCAGAUGAUUGGAAACUACAUGUGGGACCAAAAGACAAAUGUGUCUUUUGAUAUUGGUGUGAAUAAAGAAAGCCUGCUGCCUCUCUGGUGGAAUGGAUCAGAGCCUUUGUGGGUCACAAUGAUGAAAGAAAAAAAGAACGUUUCCAUGUACUACUGGCCAGGUUGCGAGGUCGAAAUCCUUGGAGUCAGACCGAGUUAUUGCCGCGAGUACUUCAGUGUCCCAACAGACAAAAACUUUGCAGAUGCCAUCAGAGAUGCCCUGGAUUCUCUAAGCAACGGCAGCGCCGAGAUGGCCGCCGUGUACUACGAGCGCGUGGACGUGGAAGGCCAUCACUACGGGCCCGCGUCCCCCCAGCGCCGGGCUGCGCUGCGGGCGCUGGACGCGGCCCUGGGCACCAUGAUGGCGCGCAUCAAGAGCAUGGGCCUUCAGGAUGACAUCAACGUCCUCCUCUUCUCUGACCACGGGAUGACAGACAUCUCUUGGGCAGACAAAGUGAUUGAGCUGAAAAACUACAUCAAUAUGAGUGACACCAUACAAUUGAAGGACCGAGGUCCUGUUGUGAGCCUCUGGCCAGUUCCAGAGAAGCACACAGAGAUAUAUAAAAAAUUGAAAGCUGUGCAACACAUGCAAGUUUAUAACAUUCAGGAUAUUCCAGACAGGUUUUUCUACAAAAAAGGGAAAUUUGUGUCUCCUCUGACUCUCGUGGCUGAGGAAGGAUGGUUCAUUGUUGAGAGCAGGGACAAGCUGCCCUUCUGGGAGAAUGGGACAGGUUGGAAGGAGGCCUGGCAGAACGGCUGGCACGGCUAUGACAACGAGCUCAUGGACAUGAGAGGCAUCUUCCUCGCAUACGGGCCAGAUUUCCGAUCCAACUACCGAGCGCCUCCCAUCAGGUCCGUGGAUGUUUACAACAUCAUGUGCAGGCUGGCAGGGAUCCAGGCGCUGCCCAACAACGGCUCCUGGUCCCGGGUGGAAUGCCUGCUCCGGGACGCGGCCCCGCUCCCCGCCCGCAGCUGCGUCCUGGCGCUGCUCGCCCUGCUCGCCCUGCUCUCCGCGCUGUGA